AUGGCUUACACUAACAAAUUUCCGGUAGCGGCUGCGGUUGCAGUGCUGUUUCUAGUGGUUACGACCACUCCUCAGUGGACGGAGGCGCAAAAUACGGAUACAAAUUGCACGGUAGGGGUCCCUGUCGUGGAACAUUGUUACACAACGUUAACGCCGAGUUCAUCACCAUCUAAAGAAUGCUGCACAGAUCUCAAAGCGGCGAGUGAAACGGAUUUGCAUAACUUACAAUAA